AUGAGUGUGAUCGACAUUUUGACUCGGGUGGAUGCGAUCUGCAAGAAGUAUGACAAAUACGACAUUGAAAAGCAGAAGGAUUCCAACGUCGCCGGCGAUGACGCAUUCGCCCGCCUUUACGCCGCCGUAGAGUCCGACAUCGAGGCUGCUCUUCAGAAAGCGGAGACUGCUUCGCAGGAGAAGAGUAGGGCGUCAGCUGUGGCGAUCAAUGCGGAGAUUCGGAGAACGAAGGCCCGGUUGUUGGAUGAGGUCCCUAAAUUGCAGAGAUUAGCUGUCAAGAAGGUUAAGGGACUUUCAACAGAAGAAAUUGCUGCCCGUAACGAUUUGGCACUUGCAUUGCCUGAUAGGAUUCAAGCAAUACCAGAUGGUGGUGCAGCUGCACCCAAGCAAUCAGGAGGUUGGGGAGCCUCAGCUCCUCGUAAAGAAAUUAAAUUUGAUUCAGAUGGACGGUUCGACAGUGAAUAUUUUCAGCAAACUGAAGACUCAAGUCAGUUCAGACAAGAGUAUGAAAUGCGGAAAAUGCGACAGGACCAAGGUUUGGAUGUCAUAGCAGAAGGUCUGUAUACUUUAAAAAACAUGGCACAUGACAUGAAUGAGGAAUUUGACAGGCAAGUUCCUCUGAUGGAUGAGAUUGACACCAAGGUGGACCGGGCAACAUCUGACCUUAAAAAUACCAAUGUUAGACUUAAGGACACUGUUAACCAGCUGCGAUCUAGUCGUAAUUUUUGUAUCGACAUCAUUUUGCUGUGCGUUAUUCUUGGCAUUGCAGCCUAUUUAUACAAUGUAUUGAAGAAGUAA